AAACAAAUAAUAACGCAACUCCCACCCAAACCGUGAGUGCGGAAUCUAUCAAUCUCAAACCGUUGAAAACACGAUGCGAAAUAUUUUCAACCUCAAAUAAAUAACGUUGAGUUUCCAAACUUACCACACUCAAUCACGAGCCAACCAUAGGCGAAGAACGGAAGAAGCCACCAUAGUCGUCGUCGUGAGCGAAGAUCCAUAACAAUACAGUUACAAAUUGCAACAACACACUCCUCGUUCGAUCGUAGCCAGAAGAAUGGGAAGUUUGGGAGCGAUUCUGAAGAAUCCAGAUGACUUUUACCCUCUGCUGAAGCUGAAAAUGGCGGCGAGAAACGCCGAGAAGCAGAUCCCGCCGGAGCCACAUUGGGCGUUCUGCUACACAAUGCUCCACAAGGUUUCUCGAAGUUUCGCCCUCGUCAUUCAGCAACUCGGCACCGAGCUUCGCAACGCCGUUUGCAUAUUUUAUUUGGUUCUGCGAGCUCUCGACACCGUUGAGGAUGAUACUAGCAUAGAAACAGAUGUCAAGGUGCCAAUACUGAUAGCCUUUCACCGUCAUAUUUAUGAUCGUGAUUGGCACUUUUCAUGUGGCACAAAGGAGUACAAAGUUCUAAUGGACCAGUUUCAUCAUGUUUCAACUGCUUUUCUGGAACUUGGGAAGAACUACCAGGAAGCAAUUGAGGACAUUACCAAAAGAAUGGGUGCUGGAAUGGCCAAAUUUAUUUGCAAGGAGGUAGAAACAAUUGAUGACUAUGAUGAAUAUUGUCACUAUGUGGCGGGACUUGUUGGGCUGGGUUUAUCAAAGCUUUUCCAUGCGUCUGGUUCAGAAGAUCUGGCUCCAGAUGACCUUUCCAAUUCAAUGGGCUUGUUUCUACAGAAAACAAACAUUAUUCGAGAUUAUCUGGAAGACAUCAAUGAGAUCCCCAAGUCACGCAUGUUUUGGCCACGACAGAUUUGGAGUAAAUAUGUUAACAAACUUGAGGAUUUGAAAUAUGAGGAGAACUCUGUUAAGGCAGUGCAAUGCUUAAAUGACAUGGUCACUAAUGCUCUGAUGCAUGCUGAAGAUUGCUUAACAUACAUGGCUGCUUUACGUGACCCGCCUAUAUUUCGCUUUUGUGCUAUACCCCAGAUAAUGGCAAUUGGAACACUUGCAUUAUGCUACAAUAACAUUGAGGUCUUCAGAGGUGUAGUUAAAAUGAGGCGAGGUUUAACUGCCAAAGUGAUUGACCGAACUACGACUAUGGCUGAUGUCUAUGGUGCUUUCUUUGAUUUUGCUUCUAUGUUGGAGUCCAAGGUUGACAAAAAUGAUCCCAAUGCAACUAAAGCAUUGAGCAGGCUGGAAGCUAUACAGAAAACUUGCAGAGAAUCUGGUCUCUUGAGUAAAAGGAAAUCUUACAUUGUGAAGGAUGAAAGUGGAUAUGGCUCAACCAUGAUUAUCGUACUGGUCAUCAUGGUUUCCAUCAUUUUUUCUUAUCUGUCUGCUAGCCACCAAAAUAACUAGUGUAACAACUAGCCAUGCCUUCUUGCCUUUCCGAACAUUGAUAUCAUGCCUCGUUCAUGGAAUGCAAAUUUGCACGCAAGCAAUAUUAUGAUGGCUGCAGUUGACUAUCGUGUAUUUUAAUGGAAAAAUAGUCGAAUGUAGUGUCAAGAGCUCCUUGUGUUAGUUUGGAUUUAACUCUACCCCUACGUUCGUCCUGAAAAUUAUCAUUAUUCUGCGUGUUAUUAGUUGUUUGUAUUCACGGAUAAAGUUGGAAUACCAGAUGAGUUAUACCAGUGGUGCCCCCUCCCCCUUUUUUCC